AUGUCGACAUGUCCUAGUUAUGAUCCAGACAAAGUAUUCCAACGAUUCAAAGUGGUGGAGUUCCCGCCAUCAUUUGUUGGACUUUCCACGACACGGUUGUUGGACGUAGAAAUUGAUCUUAAUAAAUCGGCAUAUCUUAAAACAAUGUGCGAAGGCCGCCUGAUGAAAUUUGAAGAUGCACGCGAAUUAUCUGGCAAUCAUAGAGCUUAUAACUUAGAACUCAAUGAUGAAAGAACUGUUAAAGUUACAUUUAUGCCUAAUAACGACUGUAUUGCAAAAGCGAAACAUCAAACCCAAUUAGGUUCACAUGUGUUUGAGUUGUAUAUCACAGAUGUGGAACCAUCAAUUCCAGUAAGUUUUGAAGAAACCUCUAAGCCCAAGUUUUUUAUUCGUCGACUAAACCUAAUUGAAAAAGAGAUAACUUUGAAUGGCACACCAAAGGAGCAAGCGCAAGAUUCCGGUGAUCACAAGUUAUAUUUGCAAAUGACGUGUCUCAGUGUCCAAGUGGGGAAUACAUGGAUUUGGUUCACGAGUGACGUGGGACAAUUUUUCAUAAGAGUAACGACGCAACCUCGCUGGGAUAUACCUAUAGACAGCUUGCAAGCUAAAGUGCAGACGUGGCCGAUGGAUCCCUGCAGCUGCGGAGAGGCAUGCGAGUGCUAUAGAACUACCAUCCUAAUGAUACCCCAUCGUGUCGACCUCAUGCUUAGAGCUAUGCGGCAUGCUCUUCUAGAACAUGCUUCCAGUACUAUGAUUCAAAUAUUUGAUCAAUUAAUCGAUACGGAAACUGGUAAAAUUAUCCUAACAAUGUUGUUGGAGGAGGGCGGAACUAACAUGAGUGACGUGAAUCAUAUUCUUCGCAGCAGCAAUACAUACAGGAUCACGUCGCGUGCUCUGAUGCCGCGCAUUGAACGCGUCACAUUGCAACACCACACGAAUGCUAUACUGGCAUUACCAGUUACUCUUCCAGCAAGUGAUAAGUUUGAGAAAUACUCAAUUUCAUUUACUUCAGAGUGUGGCGCAGAUAUUCGCACAUAUAGGAUAUUCUUUAUAGAAUCCACUGGCAAUGUGAGCGAGUAA